CUCUCUCAAUCUACUGCUUCUUCAACUUUGAGAUGGGGAACAAGGAAGAGAAGAAAAAGAUAAAAGUUGUGCUCACGAAGCCGUUGACAUUGGGAGGCGAAUCUGAUUCAGACGCAGCUUAUAGAUCUCCUAAUCUUUUGCAACGUAUACUAAGUUUAUUCAAGAAUGUACGGCCAGGAUCUGAUCUCACGCGCUUCCAGCUGUCACCUAUGUUUAACAUACCAAAGUCACAACUUCAGUGCUAUGGUGAAUCGGUGUAUUGCAAUGCUUUGGACUUGCUAAGCAUGUGCAACACUGGGCAGAGUCCACUUGAUAGGUUCAUAUCUGUGGUAGCAUGGUGCAUAUCUACCACACGCCCUGCCACUUUUGGUGUUGCUCCUUAUAAUCCCCUUCUUGGUGAGACACACCAUGUUUCAAAGGGAAAUCUUAAUGUGUUACUGGAGCAGGUUUCACACCACCCUCCAGUAACUGCCCUCCAUGCAACAGAUGAGAAGGAAAACAUAGAAAUGAUAUGGUGCCAGCAACCUGUUCCAAAGUUUUAUGGUACAUCAGUUGAAGCUCAAGUGCGUGGUAAACGGCAACUGAAGCUCCUAAAUCAUGGUGAAACAUAUGAAAUGAAUUGUCCUCACCUUUUAUUUAGAAUUCUUCCGAUUCCUGGAGUUGAUUGGGUUGGUCCAGUUAAUAUACGGUGCCUAGAGACUGGCCUAGUAGCUGAGUUGUCCUUCAGAUCAAGUCAUUCUUUUCUAGGCCUUGGAGGAAAUCGUAAAGUGAUCAAAGGGAAGAUCAUUGACUCUUCAUCUUUGAAAGUUUUAUAUGAAGUUGAUGGUCAUUGGGAUAGGAUAGUAGAAUUGAAGGACAAAAGUAAUGGGAAAGUGAGAGUGAUAUAUGAUGCAAAGGAAGUCAUUUCAGGGCUCCAAGCUCCUAUCCUCAACGAUGCUGAGUGUGUGUGGCCAACAGAAUCAGCCCAUGUUUGGAGUGAAUUGAGCCAAGCCAUUAUGAGCAAAGAGUGGGAGAAAGCAAGAGAAGCAAAGCAAGCAGUGGAGGAAAGACAAAGGGAGCUUUUGAGAGAAAGAGAGUCAAAAGGAGAAACUUGGGUUCCUAAGCAUUUUAUGGUAUCUUAUAGUAAAGAAGUAGGGUGGGACUGUUCACCUAUUCAUAAAUGGGUCGCAGUUGCCCCCAUUGUAGCGCAAUAAUUGUUACUAUGUAGUGUGUAUGAUGUGACGGGUAUGAGGCCAUCCGGGCAGAGACGUGAACCUGUAUGGUCUAAAGACUAUUGUGAAGUAUUACAAAAAAUAAAAAUAAAAUGAAUAAUAUUGUGGAGUUUAGUAGAUUAGAGUUUCCAACACGUGAUGAAAUGUAAUAGUCUGUUAAAAGAGGGAGGGCAGUUACGUGAAUGGUUAGGAAGUUUGGGUUGUUUAGAAGUGACUAGUUAGCUGGAGAGUAGAAUAUGUUUCGUAAUACGGAUGCACCGAAAAUUCGGUGCAUCUUCCAUUCAUAUUGUGA